AUGCAAUUUGAAAGAGGACAGCACUUUAAAGGCCGAGAUGCCUGACUUCAAAUCCUGCUUCAGGAUAAUGCGAUAAAAACAAGUUUUGGUUACAUUUUGCGUCGACCGGGUGUUUGUUCACAACCGACAGCACGUUAUGUCACUGUUGUUGCCUUCGCGGAUCAGCGAGGACGUUACGUUUUGAUGAUGUGGCAACAGAAUUUUUUCUUCUACAUCCUAAACGUAGGUUUAUUAUCACUAUGCUUGAUAAAUGGCGAACAAACAUCACCCUGGAGGUGGUCUUGUGAAGAUGGCAACUGUGUGAAGACACGAAAUGACGGCCAGAACACAGAUCCUGUGCUUUGUCUGGAGGCGUGCAAGAUGUUCUGCAAUGAAUAUGGCGUACUCUGGCCAAGACCGACGGGCAAGGUGGAUCUUGGCAACUUUUUGUCAAAGAUCAACAUCAACAAUAUUCAGAUUAAGUCGAUGAAGGAGGGUCGGUCCAGCGACCUCAUGAAGGAGGCUGGAGAUAGAUUUAAAAGAAUAAUUUCAACGUCGAUGCCUAAAGGUAUCACUCCUAAGGCGAGUGGAAAAUCGCUGCACGUGUAUUUACUGAACGGGAAUCCUGAUGUUAGAGAGUUCUUCCUGGACAUGGACGAAAGCUACUCCGUCCACGUGUCCCCAGUAUCGAGCGACACAAUCAAUGCUACCAUCAGCGGCGGUUCCUUCUUCGGUGUGAGACAUGGUCUGGAGACGCUCGCCCAACUCAUCGUGUAUGAUGAUAUUAGAAAUAAUAUGCUGAUUGUUCGAGAUGUGUCUAUCAGCGAUAAACCUCAGUACCCGUACCGAGGUAUCCUCCUAGACACGGCGAGGAACUUCUACUCGAUCGAUUCCAUCAAGGAGACCAUAGAUGCAAUGGCAGCUGUGAAGCUGAACAGUUUCCACUGGCAUAUCACGGACACACAAAGCUUUCCGUUCGAGUCCUCAAGAAGACCCGACUUAUAUAAACUUGGAGCUUACUCUCCUGCCAAGGUGUACACAAAGGACGCUAUAAGGGAGGUGGUGGAGUACGCGCGGGUGCGCGGCGUGCGCGUGGUGCCCGAGCUCGACGCGCCGGCGCACGUGGGCGAGGGCUGGCAGGACACCGGCCUCACUGUCUGCUUCAAGGCUGAACCAUGGAGUAGCUACUGCGUUGAGCCACCUUGCGGCCAGUUGAACCCGACAAAGGAGGAACUAUACGAUCACCUGGAAGAUAUAUACCAGGAUAUGGCUGACGCAUUCGACACAGAUAUAUUCCACAUGGGAGGCGAUGAAGUGAGUGAACGUUGCUGGAACACUUCGGAGGAAAUCAAGAAUUUCAUGAUCCAAAACCGCUGGGACCUCGACAAAUAUAGUUUCUUGAAACUCUGGAACUACUUCCAGAAAAAGGCUGCUGACAGAGCAUAUAAGGCUUUCAACAAUAAAUUACCCCUCGUUUUAUGGACCAGCACACUGACCGAUUACACGCAUAUCGACCAGUUUUUAAGCAAUGAAGAUUAUAUUAUUCAAGUAUGGACCACCGGCAGUGAUCCUCAGAUCAAGGGGCUUCUGGAGAAAGGCUACAAGCUCAUCAUAUCUAAUUAUGACGCGCUUUACUUCGACUGUGGAUACGGGGCCUGGGUUGGAGAAGGUAAUAACUGGUGUUCUCCAUACAUUGGGUGGCAAAAAGUAUAUUCGAACAGUCCAGCAGAGAUGGCGGCAGGACACGAAGACCUCAUUCUGGGCGGAGAAGCGGCGCUGUGGUCGGAGCAGGCGGACGAGUCGUCGCUGGGGGGGCGCCUGUGGCCGCGCGCGGCGGCGCUCGCCGAGCGUCUCUGGGCCGAGCCGCCGCGCGCGCACUCCUGGCGCAGCGCCGAGCAGAGGAUGCUCAACGUUAGGGAGCGUCUAGUUCGUAUGGGAAUCAAGGCUGAAUCUUUGGAACCCGAAUGGUGCUACCAGAACGAGGGCCUUUGUCAGAAUUAA